AUGAUCCUCAUAAACCCGGGAGGGCCAGGAGGCUCUGGCAUCGAACUCGCCCGGAACAAUGGCUCCACAAUCCAAGCCGUGGCCGGCUCGAAUUACGAUAUCGUAGGCUUCGACCCCAGAGGCGUUGGACUCAGUGAGCCGCGACCGAACUGCUCUGCAGGCAUAGUACUGCCCCGCAGUCAGGUUCUUUCUCGGCGAGAUGUCCCUAGGUUCGUCGAUAGAUAUUACCAACAAUUCAUCGACUUUGGUAAGGAGCUCGGCGAGCGGUGCCAAGCGCAGGCUGGCGCCGAUACCGAGGCCGGCCCGCACAUGACCAGCGCAGUCACCGCUCGCGAUAUGUUGAGCAUUGUAGACGCCUUUGCUGUUACCCCUGAUGGCGAACGUACAGCACUAAACUCCACUCUGUUGAACUACUACGGCAUCAGUUACGGUACAUUCCUUGGCCAGACCUUUGCUUCCAUGUUUCCAGGCAGGGUCGGUCACUUUGCGCUUGAUGGAAAUGUUAGUCCCGAGGGAUUCCAGUCAAACUUCACUUCGAACAGUGUCAACCAUCUCGACGGCGUACUGGGGGCCUUCUUCGUCUACUGCCACGCCGCAGGGCCAGCCUGCUCUUACUACACAGGGAACACAGCAAUGGAUAUAUUCAAGCGGUGGAAUGCUUCGUUCGCUCAGCUUGAUGCACGGCUGGCAGAGGCCGAGAACUGGUCAAACGCCACGGAGAUUGCCUUGGCUUUGGAAACAUUCAAAUACACCUUACUCGACGCAGCAGUUGCGCCAUUGAGCGUGUUCGGCAAGAUCGCGGGUUCCUUUGUUGGCUUGGAAGAGGCUCUUUCAUCGAAUACCCUUGCUGCUUGGACAGAGCAGACCAACGUGGCUUUUGGCUUUGAUGGCUUGGAGGGGUAUGCAGGCUCGCAUCCUGAACAGUCUCUCGGCGUUCUGUGCUCAGACCAGAGCAAUGCUUUGUAUGGGAAAUCGUUAGAGGAAAUCCAACCUCUCAUCAGCGCUCUCCAAGAUCAGAGCGUGGCUGGAGAAAUCUGGACCUCGGCAAUGCUAGGAUGCCUCGGAUGGCCCAUCAGAUCCAACGACGUAUUCCGAGGGCCGUACGGUGGUAACACCUCUUACCCGGUGCUAUUCAUCGGCAACACCUUCGAUCCCACCACACCUAUUGAGAACGCUAUCGCGAGUAUUCCGAAGUAUACCAACGCUCGGAGUCUCACCGUCGACAACAUGGGUGUAAGUUGA